GCCAGAAAACUCCAAAUAAAGCUCAAAAUUAUAGCUUUAGUGGAAACUAAAGGACUUUAUUUUUUUUUCUCUUGGCAGGCUGGUCCUUCAGAUAAAAAUCCAGCUAUCUUCUGUUUCAAUUCUUCUCUACUACGUUCUGUCACACUGGCUGUCAGGAAAGCCAAUGAAGUGAUAAGAUUUUCACUGUGCACUAAGCAGGUAAAGGUGCUGUGAUAAAGCUUCCAGGAAACUCUGCCAUCAAUUUCUUAGAGGGGAAAGAGACCCUUUGGUUUUCCUAGAACAAAGAGCGUUCAUCUUGGAAAACUUUAGAGGCAGUUGCUCCAGAUUUGGAUGUGAGCCUACAGAGAAGUAUAGAAAAAAGUGGUGCUUCUUUAACUGCUUUCUUUUCCUACUGAUCAUAUUCUCUCAGUAAUAAGCUAACCCAUGGACUUAGCAAUGACUAUUCUUCAGCCUUUCAGUGCUUUGCUGCUUUGUCUAUCACUGAUGAUGGCAACAAGUUCACUUACCACAGAUAAACCUGAAGAGAAAAUGUAUUCAUGUCCCAUCAUUCAGUGUAGUGCUCCUGCAGUCAACGGAUUACCAGGCAGAGAUGGAAGAGAUGGUCCCAAAGGUGAAAAGGGAGACCCAGGGGAAGGAUUGAGAGGUCUGCAGGGUUUGCCUGGAAAAGCAGGACCUCCAGGAUUAAAAGGAGAGGUGGGACCACAAGGAGAAAAAGGUCAAAAAGGAGAACGUGGAAUUGUUGUAACUGAUGACCUGCAACGACAAGUAACUGCUUUGGAAGCAAAAAUAAGGGUAUUGGAAGAUGAUUUAAACAGAUACAAAAAAGCCAUGAUUUUAAAGGACAUUGUGAAUGUUGCUAAAAAAAUGUUUGUCUCAACUGGAAAGAAAGAUAAUUUUGAAAAGGGAAAAUCCCUUUGUGCAAAAGCUGGAGGUGUGCUUGCCUCUCCAAGGAAUGAGGCUGAGAAUACAGCUUUAAAAGACUUAGUUAGCCCUUCAACCCAAGCUUAUAUUGGGAUAUCUGAUGCACAAACUGAGGGCAGAUUCGUGUACCUGAGUGGUGGGCCUUUAACUUACAGCAACUGGAAACCCGGAGAACCAAAUAAUAUGAAAAAUGAAGACUGUGCAGUGAUAGAAGGCUCUGGAAAAUGGAAUGAUUUAGACUGUUCAAAUUCAAAUAUCUUCAUUAUUUGUGAAUUGUGAACAGCUAAUAAAAAGAAAAAAUAAAUCCAACUUUCUUCUCUCAGUUAUGUGAUUUUGUAGAAGUCUGUUACUAUAUUGCUGAAUAGAAUAAUCAGAACCAGAUUGUAUUUACAUUGGUUUUCUCUUUGACAUACAGUUUUGAAUCUCCUAAUGAAACAGACCUAUUUGUUCACUCGUGAAUUGUUUAGCACGUGAUAUGCUGAGGACGUUACAUUUAUGCUGUAGGCUUCAGAAAGGUUUAACUCCAUGUCAGCUCUAGUAUAAUGCCCUGGACAAGGUGCCUACUAACAUUUGAAAUGUAUUUUCCAUUUCAUGUCCAAGCACAAUCUGGCUUUGUAUCUUUAUCUGCAUUUUAUGAAUUGCUGAACUUAAAAUGUGAACUAAAAUAAAUUUUGAACAUUUAAA